CCAUCUCUCCAGCAGUGUGCCGUACACAGCGCCGGUCCAGCACUCUGCUAUGUGCUCAGGCAGCCCGGUAGCCUACUAACUGCCGUGUCCACCCGGUAUCCUCAUGACAGUGAAGCUCGUCCGGCAGUCCAGUCUUUAUUAAGCCGCUCUGGUAGUCACAGACGCUCCUGUUAGUCCGGUUGUCCACUGACGGUCGUGUUAGUCCGAUAGUGUACUGACGUGUACUGACGGGCGGAGCUGUCUCUGUCUGUCCAGGAAUGUGAAAUGAUGGCCGGCUGUGCAGCAGAGGAGAAAACCUUCCGACGGUUCCUGGAGCUCUUCCUCCGGGAGAUGAGACCGCCUCUCCAGGAGAACGACCCGCUGCCGCUGCGUCCCCUGUCCAACCUGCUGUCGGAGGACGAGGUGGAGGGGGAAUGUCUCGACCUGUGUCUCCAGCACCUCUACAAAUAUAACUGUCCAUGCUCCCUGGCUGCAGCCCUCGCCCGAGCCACGGCAGACAGCAUCCUGCAGACUGAUCUCUCCAUCCACCAGAUCAACAAGACAGUAGAAGAUGGAGCUGACCCACUACCACAGCUGGACUCGGUCAAGUUUGCCCGGCUGGUGUUCAACAGACUGUUUGAGACGUGCUGCCUCUGGCUCAAGGAGCUGCCCUACCGCCGCCGACCACAGCCGUACUACGAAACCUCCAUCCAUGCCAUCAAGAACAUGAGGCGCAAGAUGGAGGACAAGCACGUCAUCAUCCCCGACUUCAACACACUCUUCAAUAUCCAGGACCAGGAGGAGCAGGCCUUCUUCGCCGUGUUUGACGGGCACGGCGGCGUGGACGCUGCCAUCUACGCCGCCAAUCAGCUUCACGUCAACUUGGUUCACCAGGAAAGCUUCAGCCAGGACCCCGGAGAGGCCCUGUGCCGCGCCUUCAAGCUCACCGACGAGCGCUUCGUCAAGAAAGCCUCGCGGGAGCACCUGCGCUGUGGAACGACGGGCGUGGUGACGUUCCUGCGGGGCAGGACGCUGCACGUGGCCUGGCUGGGAGACUCCCAGGUCAUGCUGGUCAGGAGAGGACAGGCUGUGGAGCUGAUGAAACCACACAAACCAGACAGAGAGGACGAGAAGCAGAGGAUCGAGGCUCUGGGCGGCUGUGUGAUCUGGUUCGGCACAUGGAGGGUUAACGGCAGCCUGUCAGUAUCCAGAGCCAUAGGUGAUUCGGAGCAUAAGCCCUACAUCUGUGGUGAUGCAGACCACAGUAUCUUCCCAUUGGACGGCUCAGAGGACUAUCUAAUCCUGGCCUGUGAUGGCUUCUGGGACACAGUGAACCCCGAUGAGGCGGUGAGGGUGGUGAGCGACCACCUCCAGGAGAACGCUGGAGAUACCACCAUGGUGGCCCACAAGCUGGUGGCCUCGGCCCGAGAUGCCGGCUCCAGCGAUAACAUCACAGUCAUAGUGGUUUUCCUUCGGGACCCGCGCUGCCCACAACCCACCAGCACUGAGGAGGAGGAGGAGGAGGGUGUGGUGGAGGAAGAGGUUGAGGAGGAGGCGGUGGCGGCGGAGGCGGAGGAAGAGGAGGAGGAGGAGGAAGAAGAGGAGGCGGUGAAGAUGGAGCGGGGUGGCGGUGAGGGAGGCACCACGGCAGAUAUUGGGGGUAAAGGUCGUGGCGGCUGGCCUCUGCAGCAGUGCUCGGCACCGGCGGACCUCGGCUAUGAAGAGAGGACGGACUCGUUCACAGACAGAACCAGCCUCAGCCUGCUGGGGCCGUCCCUGGAGGGCCGGAUCUCUCUGAUCCCAGCCUCUGCACAGCCCAGCACUGUUCUCAUCUCUGACCUAUUUACAAGCUGUCGCCCAUACCGAGAAGAGGUCUUGCCGAGGCCCAGGUCCUGCGUCCCCGCCUGCCAGGAGAACAGCCUCCACACCUCCACGGACAUGCAGUGGACCCAGGCGACCACACUGUUGGGCCAGGCGAGGAGGCAACGCCGAAGGCUGACGCACGUGAGUCAUCGAUGGGGCUGGAGGAGGCAGGGCAAAAGCAGGCAGCUGCCAGGCCUGCUGCUGUCUGAUCGCUCGACACCCUACACCCAGCGCUACCCUAACCAGAGGGCCGGGGUGGCUCUGCCUCACCUGGCCCAUGAUGUGACCUUCUGAAGAUAACCACCAUGUCCUUCGACCCUUAAAACACUGCUACCCAACCCUCAGCCCGGCCACCCACCUCUGCCCUCCACGACAGUUCUUUCUCUGUGGCUCCUGCAGUUGUGACAUGACUUUAUGAAUCCCUGUUGGAAGCAUGGUGCUGUCUUUCCUAAGAUGAAAUGUCUCCAGUUGUAAGCUGGCCCACAAGCUCAGCUCUUUGGUGCUGUUGGCAAUUCACAAACCGGCCUCCUCUCCAUUGUUAAGCAUCAACAGUGAAAAGGAAGCCAGGCCUGCACACGCAGAUUGAGAGCAGACAUGCUUCCUCAAGCCCUUUCCAUUCCUUCCCCUGUAAAUGAAUUUAAUCGAGGAGGCCAUAACAAUUCCUGCCCCUAGUUUCUGGGACUGACGGCAGACACAUGAUGUUCUGAUCCCUCCCAUACAGAAGAUGAACACAGCCAUUAUCCACCCCACUCUAUGUCAAUAGAUAAAAGCGCUUAACACAGGAUUAUAAGAUUAGCAGUCAUUUACCUGAAUAAAUGCAACAUGUAGAGUGAUAUGCAUUCUAGAUGGGGAUACACUAGCGGGAUAAUGGUUUUGAGGUGAGGCAUAUUAUGUAGAAAUUCUAUUCUAUUUAUAGUCUUUAUUGGACCACAUUGUUGAUUAGACUAGCUUAUCAGUAAUGCCUACUGUAUUAAGUUUGUUUACAGAAAAUCCAUUGAACAGAGGUACUUUCCAGCAGGCUUGAUAUGUGCAAGUGCCCUGUUAAAUCAAGUGUUAGCAUUAUGUCUCGGGCCAGGGUAGUUGAAAGCUGCAGAACAUGUGCCUUCCAUAUGCUAUUCAAGCCUAUUUCCAGAGCUCAGAAGAGAAGAGCUCACCAAAAACAGAGAGUGACGUGUUGAUGUCACUAUCAUGGACAAGUCAGACUUGCAUUCAUUCUGGUAAUUUAACUCUGUGCCACUUUAAGGUCCAGAUUCACUAAGAUCAGGGAACUAUGGGUAUUGUUACACCCAGUUGCUUGAGUGAAGCGAGCAGAGAUUUCUUCGUAUUCACAGACAAAUUUAUGCAAAUCAAAUUGAGGCCCUAACGAACACUCCAAAACAGCACAGCACAGCAAACUGCCCCCCUUUUACCAAACACUUUCAACUGUAACACUAAUCCACCAAGGCUGGCACCCUUGGGCCUUAAGCCUCUUUAUGAUUGGAGCACUCCCUGACCUGAUGCAGAUUCUGGGAUGGAAAACCCUCUCUGCAUCUUGGAUCGAUUAUAGCGGCCAUUCUGAAGGGACACACUCUGUCACGGUCUCAGUGUCUGCAUUCAAAAGAUCUUAUAUGCAACCACAAUCCGAGACAAUUGGUGCUGCAAAGAAUUUUAAGGAAUCUCGAUUUGCGUAGCCUUGCCUAUGUUACAUGGGCAAAACAAUGAUUUACAAAUAAUUUACAUAUAAAGGAUACUGACAGUCACAAAGAGGCUUUAUUUUUGACCAGCACUAUCAGGCAGCUUUCCAUUGUACACAGUGAAUGAAUAUCAUGCCUCUCUGAUUUGGUCAUUUUGGUGACAAGAGAGCGGUUCCCUGAGCAAAGUCUAUCUAUCUAUCUAUCUAUCUAUCUAUCUAUCUGUUAUCUAUAUCUGUAUCUAUAUAUCUAUCAAUUAUAAAUGUGAGCUGAAGCCAUAAGCUUAAUUUGUUGUUGGAGCAAUUGUACACAUGAAUACUAUCACAUCCCAGUUUAAUGCAGUAAACUUCCCGACGUAAGGAUUCGAGCCAUGACCAGGUUCUGUAAUUAGUGCCUCCACUCUCCUGGCCCAGGCAGUCAUCAUCCAAACACCCACAGGGUUUGAUACGAGCACUGGGGAAACUGGCGAUUCAUCAGACAACAGGAAUUGUUCUGCCAUCCCUGACAAACUACCACACUGUGCCAUCACCUCCCUUUUUACUUUUGUCUUAUUUCCGGUCCUUUCCUGGGGGCUAUUAGGAUAGGGACUUGAGGUUUGUGAGAUGUUCAACUUGGCGACAUUUCCAUAUUUUCCUUUCACUGUCUUGCCCACUGCUCCUACAGACACUUAGCCAUCGGUCGCAUGUUGACCCAUGCACCGAGGCCCUGUGGAUUGACUGAUGAAAAACAUCAGACCGGAUGGAGCAGAAUGUAUCUCAAGUCCUAGAAUGUACAAAGAGACUUGGUGAAGUAGGAUUGUUGAGGUGUUUUCUGGAAGAUUCUUCUUGACAGAGCAUCUAGCUGUGACGAAUGUAGCUGUGAGACAUACAAACAAAUUAAAGCCACUGGAUUCCCUCAUGGAGGUGAGGAUCACCACAGUCAGAGACAGUGGUUACACCUUGAGAGAAGAUAGAUCAAGCAUUUCAGCUAGCUUAUUUUACCUCGUGUUCCACGUUUAACUGCAGUAUGUUCUACACUUAGAAACCUUUCUCUACAUCCUAGCUUUGGUCUCGAAAUCUGGACCACACAAACUGCCAUUUUCUGAACCACUCAUGAACAUUGCAAUCUUCUAUAAAAGUGGCCCUUGCAUCUCCCGUUUCCUCUCCACUCGCCAUUUUCUCCACCCUAUCUCUCAGCUUUUUAGAGCUCCCUGCUUCUUUUUGAGAGCAAGAAAGCUACAUAUCUUCAUCUCCUAAAUGUUCUUCAAGUUAAACAUGUUCACGUAGGCGUUGAUGUGUGUGUAUUAUGAGUAUUUAUUUGAGCAGUUGAGUGAGAGUGUGCUGACGGUGUGUAUUUCUAGUCAGUGUUGUAAAUCAGUGGUUUUCCACCAGGCGCCAUCAAGGCCCAGUAGUACCUCUUUUUCUUUUCAACCAGAACAGUUCUGGUUCCUGACCUGGCUCUGUUCAGGAUUCUUGGAUCCCAGGUGUUAACUAGCAAACUGGUCCACUUUUGCACCAGUUUGGAGUGGAACCACAGUGUCUCGAUCGCUGGCCACAAUUUCUAGAUCCAUUUGACUUUUUCUGGUAUUCCAUGUUUUCCUGAAUUGAGAAUUGAAAGCGGUAGUUUUGUUUCCUCAUCAGACCAUCGCCUGCCCUUCAAUCUCUCCAUCAUCUCCAUCUUUCCUUGUAGAGUAAUACAUGCCCACUUCAGCUCCUACUAUUUUUGGGUUCGAGCUGGGUUCUAACUUUUCAGGUUCUGAACCAAUUUAUUUUUGGUCGAACUUCUCCAACACUUCAAAACUGGAUUUGUGAACCGAAACAGAGCCAGUUCCUUCUUGGUCUAAAUGGCCUGUAGGAGAGCUCGACAGGCUGAUACCGGCCUUUCAUAAAGAAUAGAAACACAUAGCCCACCAGUGGUGUGAUGGAGGUGGUACGAUUUUACUCAGCAGCUUCAGUCUUGUCAGUUUUCAUUCAUUCAUUACAUUAGUGCACUUUUUGAUGGUGAUAUUUUGCUUCCCAUGAUCGUGCUGUUCCAGACACUGAUAGGACUAGAAUUCCAGGGGACACAGUGAAUAUUGAUAUUUUUUUUUUCCUUUGGCAUAAAAGUGGUCAAAGCUAACCAAUAUGUGUGUACGUGUUAAUCAUCAGUGUUGGCAGUCAAACCGUACCAGUUGUGUGCAGCUCUUCGUUCCAGUCAUAGCGGUUCUCAGGCUGGUUCCUCCUCGCUGGGUGAAGGUGUGCUGUUGAGUCACAGGGGUGCAUGGUUGGAAACCACUGUUGUAGUCUUUUAACUUAAAUCACUGAUGUAAAUUCACAGUAGGAGUUUGACUCAGUCCUCUGUAUGGAUAUGAAUCUCAGCACUGUACUGUAACGUCCUGUUCAUGAGUCACAGCCAUGGAGGGAGAGAUGUGCAGCGGCAGUGCACGAGUGACGGGGAUACAGGGCCACCAAAACACUGGACUGCAAACUCUGAAAAGGGACUUGACUCCAGAAUAGCUGUAUAUUGUGUACAUAACUUGAAGAUAUCUAGAAGUUGUCACUGUAUGAGCAAUAAAAACAAAAGCUUACCCUUUUAUCCUGUGGUAAAUCCUCGACGUAAGCUUUAAAGCCCCGCUAUUCCUCCCUCGCUCGUGCACUGCUUGAUGUGCAUGAUCUUCUCAUGUCAACAGGACUUUCCCCUACCGUGAAGAUUGGAAGCAAACAGAAGUUCAGGUCUGCUCUCCCUCAUCACUGUCUCACUGUAAGGCCCUCCAUGACUUUGUACUGUGUGUCUAUAUACACAAAAUAAUUCUUUUUUUUUUCUCUCUGUAAGCAAUAAUGAACCUUGCAUGGAAAGGCUGUCUAAGAGGGUUUGUCUUCCUAAGUCAGAUAUACUAACGUCCUCAUGUUUGCGCUGAGGGAUGCUGUUUCACGACAAAGUAGUGACGCCAUCCCAGCGGUCAAGUCGGUCGCACCUGAAGGGUCAAAGAACAUAAAAGGUCAGAGAACUGAAAAGCUGGAUUCCAGAAAAAAAUAUUUCCCAUUCAUUUUCCCAUAGGGAUUUGAUUUGAAGUAAUACAAUUUUAGCAGUGUAGGGUACACUUACCAUGAGUCAUCAGGUUAUGUAAUCCCAUAUACAGACGGAGCCCAUCAGUCAGUGAUUUGAACCUAUACGUACGCACGCACACACACACAC